CAUUUUUCUUCUCGCCGGUUAAGCGGAAGUAGUUUAAAUUCUGCGGCACAUGGAGCCUCUCUGAGUUUUUCUGAAAAACAAAUGCUUAUAAUUAAAUAAAAAACUAUGUCCAAACUCAAAAGAAGAAAAACUGCGGUGGAGGACAUAAGAUCUGAACAACAGUUUAGGAUUAGAGAGCAAAAUGAGAGUCUGCGCAUUCCGGACGCACCGCUGCACAGACGAUUUGAAGGUUCUCCUUCAGGUGAAGGAUCUUCAUGCUGGAUCUCCUCUGAUCUCUGUGAUGUGGAGAAGCUCUGGAUGGACACUCUGCAGGCUUUAUGUCCACAGUGUUUGGACACAGCUCUGGACACAGCGCUCUGUGUUCCUCAUCUACCUCCACUGUCUACGAUCGAGGAGAACCGUUCCGAGGAGCAGCGCUGGUGCCGACUGGAUGAAGAGGUUCUUCCCUUUCCUAGCGUGCUAGCUCUCUCCGUUCCUCUCCCAUCCGCUCCCGUGUCCUCUCCCCACCCACAUGCCCGAUCCGGACACAUCUCAGUCCACGUAGUGCUGGACUCCCUCAGGGAAGGGGACGAGGGACCGGACGGAAGUGAGUGUGAGCAGGAUGAGAACAGAGCCGCUGCCAAAAAAUCCUUAUCUGGAAGUGGAGAUUCCGGACCAGAGCGCAAGAGGGAAGCGGGGCCCGGAUCAUCAGACGCUUCCCUAAUAAACUCUAGAGCGCCGUCUGGAUCAGGAACAAAAUCUGGAUUGGAACCUGAAACCCAUCAUGAAGCUGGAAUUCCGAGAAGAGGAUCAGGAUCAGACGUGUCAAGACUGGAAUGCUGUCCCAUGUGUCUGGUGCCGUUUCCUAUGGGGUUCUCUCAGUUGGAGUGUGAUGGUCAUCUCGCCCAGUGUUUAUCAGAGAUGAAUGUAGACGUGGUGUGGUGAUCAUCAUCAUGAUCCCAUGGCCUGCUGGACAUCUGCUUCAUCUCUAACAUGACCAGUGAAGAUUAAAAUAUUCUUAAAGAGAAGAGAAUAAAUCUGCAGCUUGUGUUGUGAUGUUAAUUUCUCAGAGUUCUCCACAGAGAUGUUUACUGCUGAAGAUAAAAUCCUCAAGAAGAAGAACCAGAGAAUCAGUGACACGGCUGCAGGUCUGAGUGACCGGUCACUCAGUCUCCUGAACCCUGAGAACUCACUAUACCCAAACCCACCAAUCAGCACGCAGCAGCGGCUCCGAGCGUCCGGUACACUCCACAUCUACACUUCACUUCAUCAUCAUCAUCUCCAUUACCAUCUUCAUCAUCAUCUUUAUCACCAUCUCCAUCUUAAUCAUCAUCUCCAUCUUCAUCACCAUCAUCUUCAUUAUCACCAUCUCCAUCUUCAUCAUCACCAUCUCUGUCUUCAUCAUCUUCAGCUUCUUUAUCAUCAUCAUCAUCAUCAUCAGACCAAAUGCAGGCUCGCGUCUCGCCUCCUUUACACUCCGUCAUCUUUAAUCAGAACCAUUUAUUAAAGAAACUACAGAGAGGAAGGAUUCUGCUGCUGAAGGAAUCAUGAAGAAAGGAGCUGCUGAGAACUUCAGAGAUUUCACUUCAGAGUUCUCAGGGAGGUUCUGUGAGGAGUGCUGUGGAAUUGAUCCAGAAUAAAAAUCCACUGAAUUCUCUUCAAUUUCAUCACCAGAUCAUCAUCUCUCAGAGCUCAGAGCAUGAAGAUGAUGAUGAUGGAGAUGGUGAUAAAGAUGAUCAUGAUGAAGAUGGUGAUGAUGAUGGAGAUGGUGAUGAUGAUAGGGAUAAAAUAAAAUAGUCUAACUAUAGAAUUUAAUAAUUUAUUCUUAUUUCUAGUUAAUUAGUUAUUUUUUAUUUUUUAUUAUUAUUUUUCAUUUUCUCCUCCCCUUUCUCUGUUUUCUUCUUUUGUAAAGCUGCUUUGAGACAAUGUUCAUUGUAAAAGGCGCUAUACAAAAUAAACUGAAUUGAAUUGAAUUGAUGGAGAUGGUGAUGAAGAUGGAGAUGAGUUUUUAUAUAUCAAGAAAAAUAAAACUGCAGAAAAUAAAACA